AUGUUCUUGAUCAAAAACCUCGCACGAAUCUCGCCGGCCAAAUCCUCGUCGUCUCUGAUCGGAUUUAGAAACCCCGGAUCAUACUCAUACACUCUCUCUUCCCGUUUCUGCACCACUCUCCAUCAACAACAACAACAACAACAAAAGCAAGACACUCCGAUUAAGUCUCCGUCUCCGAAUGGAUCGGAUCGGAAUCAGUACGAAGGUCUGGCACCGACGAGAGAAGGAGAGAAGCCGAGAGUGGUGGUUCUCGGGUCGGGUUGGGCGGGUUGCCGGUUGAUGAAAGGGAUCGACACGAGCCUCUACGACGUCGUCUGCGUUUCUCCGAGAAACCACAUGGUCUUCACUCCUCUCCUCGCUUCCACCUGCGUCGGCACUCUCGAAUUCAGGUCCGUCGCCGAGCCAAUCUCUCGCAUCCAGCCCGCGAUCUCGCGCGAGCCUGGCUCUUUCUUCUUCCUCGCCAAUUGCUCUCGCCUCGAUGCCGAUUCUCACGAGGUAUACUUCGUGAUCGCUUACUCUUCGAUUGAGUGUUCUAAUUCGGCAGAUUUGUGGCCUUCUCAGAUCAAAUUGGUUCACUGUGAGACUCAAACCGAUGGAUCCAACACAUUACAGCCAUGGAAGUUCAAGAUCGCUUACGACAAGCUUGUGGUAGCUUGCGGUGCAGAGGCGUCCACGUUUGGAAUCAAAGGCGUUUUAGAAAACGCGAUUUUCCUCCGUGAGGUUCACCAUGCUCAGGAGAUUCGUAGAAAGCUUCUUCUAAACCUCAUGCUCUCUGACACUCCUGGCAUAUCGAAAGAGGAGAAACAGAGGCUGUUGCAUUGCGUUGUCGUUGGAGGUGGACCGACUGGUGUUGAGUUUAGCGGCGAGCUGAGUGAUUUCAUCAUGAAAGAUGUUCGUCAAAGAUAUGCUCAUGUGAAGGACGACAUUCAUGUUACCUUGAUAGAGGCUAAAGAUAUACUUUCAUCGUUCGAUGAUCGUCUCAGACGUUACGCUAUCAAGCAGUUGAACAAAUCUGGAGUCCGGUUUGUGCGUGGGAUCGUGAAAGACGUGAAGCCACAGAAGCUAAUACUCGACGACGGCACUGAAGUUCCUUACGGGCUCUUGGUUUGGUCCACUGGUGUUGGUCCUUCUUCUUUCGUUAGCUCUCUUGACCUUCCUAAAGCUCCUGGUGAAAGGAUUGGUAUUGACGAAUGGAUGCGUGUACCGUCUGUACAAGACGUGUUUGCGAUUGGUGACUGCAGCGGUUAUCUUGAGAGCACAGGGAAACCGACACUUCCUGCUCUCGCUCAGGUGGCGGAGAGAGAAGGCAAAUACUUGUCGAGUCUGCUGAAUGAGAUCGGGAAAGCGAACGGAGGACGAGCCAACGGCGCGAAGGAGAUGGAGCUUGGAGUUCCUUUUGUGUAUAAGCACCUUGGAAGCAUGGCUACGAUCGGUAGAUACAAAGCUCUAGUCGAUCUCCGCGAGAGCAAGGACGCAAAGGGAAUAUCAAUGACGGGUUUCGUGAGCUGGUUCAUAUGGAGGUCUGCGUAUCUGACUCGAGUCAUUAGCUGGAGGAACCGUUUCUAUGUUGCAAUCAACUGGUUCACUACUUUCGUCUUUGGUCGUGACAUUAGCCGAAUCUAA